AUCUCAUUGACUUCCGGUUAAAAAUUUACAAACAACAUGUCUCAAAUAUCUACAACCAGCGAUAUAUUUACAGACUUUAGACAAUUUCUAAAUGCAGACCAAGAACUGAGAGAGGACAUUCGUGUGAAGGUUCGUGAUCUGGAACAAACUGCAAGAGACAUUCUCACCAUACUGCAGGCUGUGCAUCAACCAGAAGGCAUAAAAGAAUGUAGUGCAAUAUGUGAGAAAGCCAAGUCCAAGUUUGAUAUAAUCAGGACACAACUAACAGCAUUGAUCGCAGUCAUUCCACAAGGCCAAUAUUACAGAUUUCAUGAUCAUUGGAGGUUCCUUCUUCAGCGCUUGGUUUUCCUGGUUGCCUUCAUCGAGUACUUAGAGACUGAGACACUUGUGACUAGAGAGAGCAUAAGUGAAGUUUUAGCAAUCCAUGUAGUACGUGACGAUGGCUUUCAUAUUGAUCUCGAAGACUUCCUAAUGGGACUGCUACAGAUGUCAAGUGAACUGUCCAGACUUGCAAUCAAUGCUGUUACUGCUGAAGACUUCUCUCGACCAAUGAGAAUAGCUAAAUUUGUAGGGGAAUUGGACUCUGGAUUUAGACUAUUAAACCUCAAGAAUGACUCACUUCGAAAAAGGUUUGAUGCUCUCAAGUAUGAUGUGAAGAAAAUAGAAGAGGUUGUCUAUGAUUUGACUAUCAGAGGGCUAAAGCCAAAAACUGAAGUGAAAGAAACCAAAGAGUGAAACAAAAUGCUGAUGAUCAAUGAUAUAACGAUACAAGAGCAAAAAUGACAUGAAGGCAGUCAUUGGUUAGAGUUACAUGGCAGGGCAGGUUAAAUCGCAUCGUUUCAAAGCAUUUUAACGAAGAAGGUUUGAAAC